UGAAAAUAGGUGGCAAAGGAAUAAUCGUGGAAAUAGACGAAUCAAAAUUUGCAAGAAGAAAAUAUCAUAGAGGUAGAAGAGUUGAUAGUGUAUGGGUGAUUGGUGGAAUAGAAAGGACCGAAGAAAAAAGAGUAUUUUUAAUAAUUGUAGAAAAACGAGAUAAAGAAACUAUAAGAGAGAUUAUAGAAAAAUAUGUUGAAAAAGGUUCGAUCAUACAUACCGAUUGUUGGAAAGGUUAUAUAGGUAUCGAAGAUUUAGGCAUUAUACAUGGAACUGUUAAUCAUUCUAUUUAUUUCACGGAUCCAAGACCGGAGUUCAUACAAAUACUAUCGAAG